CUAGCCCCACGUCACUGUCCAAACAAUAGCAAUGACCAAUUAUAACCAGUCUCUCAAUCUUGAUGUGCUUAUUCUCAUCCCAAACCUUUGAAAUUCCGUGAUGCUCCAAGGCCGACACCUUUGUUAAUUAAAUUGUUUGAACAAAAGUGUUUGUACUUCAGCCAGCAAUAGUCAUAACUCGUCGGCGCGAAGCACAAGACGCAAAAAUUCCCUCUUAUCGGAAUCUUUCAGCCCCGCUGCAGCUAGAAUAGGUGCAUGUUUUCUGAGUUAUUUCCACAAUAACUACGACUUUUCCAACUUUAAAUCCGCGAGAUUAUAGGCCACCGGGGAGCCGUAAUUAGAUGGACACCGUGCACGAGGAAAACAGCCCCGCGCCCCAAGUGCCCCAAAGCAGCCUCGCAAUGGAGACCCUGGACGAGGAGGACGCCUCGCGGUCGUCGUCCAGGAGGCCGUCCGCCAUCAUCGCGGCCCUGCGGCGGCCCUCGCAGGCGAUUGCCCUGUCGGCCGCCCACGCCGUCAUGAACCAGAGGCGCUACCUCCUGGGGCUGUUCCACAACCAGAGCGACCGCUCGAUUUCGGAGAAAGACGCCACUGAUCACAAGGAGGAGUUUCUAAAGAAGCAGAAUCGCAGGAUGGGAGACGACGCUUUGACGGUAAUUCUCUCGGCGCUGUACGCAAAGCUGCUGGUCGUCUUGGGAAUGGCUUUUCCGAUUACCGAAAUCAUAUCGAAGGACGUUCGGCCGUUUUUCUACCAGGGAUUUUAUUUGUAUUUGUAUUUGGGGAGCAUUACCUUCGUUGCGUACAUGUAUGCGACUUUUGUGAGAGAGAAGGCGGUUAAUAACAUCAUCAAGUCGUAUCAUAAAAACGACAAACCUACGUUCCCGUUUCCCCGCAUGUCCACAUCGGUGCACAACAAGCCGGCCAAAUACGGAAGCUUCUAUUUACGCCUUGGUGCAAUCGCUUUCGGUAUCGGCAGCAUGGUCUAUUCCGGACUAGAAUUCGGCCGAUAUUUCGAGCUAAAGAACAAUCACGAGUGCUUUUCCACCAUGCUCCAGGCCAUCACGCCGGCAACCAGAAUGCUUCUGACGCUCGUUCAAGUGCAAUUCAUAUUCCUAAACACGAAGAACGUCGAUCUGAACAGACAUAAGAUUAUUGCCCGCUUUGGGCUUAUGCACAUGGUGGCGGCCAAUCUGUGCGAGUGGCUGUACGUCCUGGUCGAGGAGACCAAGCACGAGAUCAUACACCUGGGGGAGCAAGGACACAACUCCACCAAUUCGAGUCUACAAGCCAAGUUCUGCCAAGAGGGGCAAAUCAUGGGCUCGCUAGUGCGGAACGCCAGCCCGUUCCUAUUCCCCUGCACCAUAGAAUACAGUCUGAUAUGUGCGGUGAUUCUUUUCGAGAUGUGGAAACGGGUCAAGUCGACGGAAGUCAAGGCGGAGACCGAGAAGGCGGGCCACCGGGACGAUAAGGUCGCCACUCAUUACACUUUCAAUCCCUUCGGCGGCAGCCCCGUCAACUCUAAUCACCAUUUCAGCGUGGACUGUUCUAACGCUCACCGCGGCUUAUUUGCCGGGAUUAUGAUCAUCGUUCUGACCAUAAUUUCUUUGAUAAUGUUCUUCGUGUUGGCUAACGAACCGAGCGGCAGUGAAGAGGAUAAUCUGAGCAUGGCCGAGUUCGAAGUGAACAUAGUCGAGUUGGUCCUUUACAUAUUAACCACGAUCGUGGUCAUCGUAGCGAUGGUGCAGAUGCGCUCGCUCAAAUACGACCGAAAAAUCGGAGUUGAAGGCCAAGCGGGGAUCGGCCUGGACAACACCCUCCUGGUCGUUGCCCAAACCGGGAUGUUCAUCUACUGCAUGUUUUCCAUCAUCGGGUGCUACUUCACCAUGUCCGGGAGUCUUCCCACGGGACUCCUGGCCGAGAUCUUUUCGUUCAUCCAGACCUGCCUCCAGACCAUGUUCGUGCUCGAUGGGUGGUGGCGGCGCUGCCGUACCCUGGAGCAUAUCAAGAACAAGCCCGGCAAGGAACUCAUCACGUUCCUCAUUGUGGCAAACAUGGCCAUGUGGACUAUCAAUACGUUGGAGAAAAACCGCGCAGAGUUUCGACCUACACAUUUGCUCUUCUUCGGAGAGUGGGCGUGGACAAUCAUCACGCACAUUUCCAUGCCCAUGGCCAUCUUCUACAGGUUUCAUUCCACCAUUUGUUUGUUCGAAAUAUGGAAAACAGCGUACAAAGUUAAGACGCAGUAUAAAACGCCGAUGUUUUCUGUCAUAUCCAAUCAAUAAGGGUGAUGUAAAUAAAGAUGAGAAAAA